ACAUAAUACAGUCCACACCUUAGAAUGUACCCAAGUCAUCUUCACAAAAACAAGACAAUGAUCUUCAUUUCGCCUCUUACCAUAUCAGUUACAGACACAGUUAACCAUGGCAAAAGUUCUGGACUCCCAUUUCUUAGCCAUAACUGCCAUUGUCACUGUGUUUUAUCAAUUCAGUUUCUUUGUUGUCACUGCUCUUCUUAAAUUCGAUAAAGUCACCGACUUUGCUGGAAGCACAAAUUUUAUCAUUCUUGCUGUAUUGACUCUAGUCAUCAAAGCUUCAUGGCAUUUUAGACAGGUAGUUUUGACGCUGCUUGUGGUAAUAUGGGGUCUACGCUUGGGGUUGUUUCUUUUAAUGAGGAUUUUGCAGUGGGGAGAGGACCGUCGAUUUGAUAAUAUGCGUGGAAAUCUGGGAAGGCUGGCAGUGUUUUGGAUCUUUCAGGCUGUGUGGGUAUGGACUGUGAGCUUACCUGUGACAAUUGUCAAUGCUAGUGACCAGAAUCCAUCUGUACAAGCAUCGGAUAUAAUAGGGUGGAUUAUGUGGUCGAUAGGUUUUUCUCUUGAAGCUACAGCUGAUCAACAGAAACUUGUAUUCAAAAGCUCACCAGGUAGUAGAGGCAAAUGGUGCAAUGUUGGAGUUUGGAAAUACACCCGUCAUCCAAACUACUUUGGAGAGAUUUUUCUAUGGUGGGGUAUUUUUAUCAGUUCGAUACCAGUUCUAAAAGGUGCUGAUUGGCUUGUUGUCAUCGGUCCAGUGUUCCUCACAUUGCUGCUCCUUUUUCUCAGUGGAAUACCAUUGCUUGAGGACUCAGCAGAUAAGAAAUUUGGCAGUGUGGAAGACUACAGGCUAUACAAGAAAGUUACCAGCCCUCUCAUCCCAAUGCCACCACAAGUGUAUGGAAAUCUGCCUUUGUGGUUCAAGAAGAUUUUCCUCUUUGAGUUACCUUUAUACAGCAGGAAUCUUCCUCAAGAAAGUUUAGUGGUGUAGGUCAAGCCAGUGAAAAAAGAAUGAAGAGAAGACGAAGUAUGUUGUUGAUGAAGACUUUUGCAGGCCGCAUAAAAUACUGACUGAUUGAACCAUAGCAUUGUGUCUGUGUUCUCUUGUGCUUGUGCAAUCUUGUUGUACAGAAUAGAAAUCCUUCACUUGCCCUAUUAUCAUGUUGAUUAUGUAGGCAUAUCAAAAUCCUGAUUUCAUGAAA